AUGCAUAUCUUCAAAGUCCUCUCCAUCUCAACUCGAGUAGCAACCUCCAACGCUGGCCCCAUCGCAUACCGCAUCUGUCAAGCCGGGUGUGCUGGAGUUGUUAUGGCGUGCUAUGGAGCCGCCGGCGCGACUUGGGGAGCUACCGCAGCAGCUUCGGCUCCUGCAACAGUUAUAGCUUGCAACAGGACCUUCGGGGUGUGUCAAGCAGCUUGCUGGAUCACUGCUACGCUCCCUUACUUUUAA